AUGAUUCAACUUAAGACUGGUACUCAAUUGUUUUUGUCUCCAAUCUUAUUCGAUAAUCCAUCUUUGACUUCCAUUUUUAGUCAACUACAAGGACUUGAAUUAUUGACAGAAAAUGUUGACGGAUUGGAAUUAUUGACAGAAAAUAUUUAUUUUUCUUUAAAAUAUGCAUCAAAAUUAAUUCAAUGUUGUCCAUCACUUAUCAAUAUUGAACUUCAAGUAUUUUUAUUUGAUACAUGUGUACAUCUUGUUGAUAUUCUUCUUGAUGGUUUAAUCAAUUUGCUUCAUCUCAAAAUAUAUUUUACUGAUGAUACAAUACUUGAUAAAUCAUAUUCACGUAAUUAUGUUAUAGAAAAGCGUCGUCAAGCAUUUCCAUGUAAUAUUUUUAAUAAAAACAGAGUUGUUGUCAAAAUCAAUGAACAAUCAUUGGAAAUUUAUCUGUAA